UGUACUGCAAAGGAACAUCUCGCGCAGGAGCGCAUGCAUACCUCUCACGUCAAUCAUGACUAGUUCGUCAAAUAGUGAGAAACUGUUACAUACUUUCCCGCGGAUUGAAGUAGCGCUAAAUAGUGACACAAGUUUGAAGUUUAGUGACGAGGAAUUGUCAGGAAGAAACAUGUCUGUUGAGGAGAAUGUUCCCUCCUUUUGGGAGGAUGACAGAGUAAAGUUUAUAAAAACAAACGUUUUGUCGGAUUUUGGAAGUGAGGCAGGAAACCUGGGAGAAGAAGUGUGUUACAGUCGAGGAUAGCCAGACAGUUCUGAAAGGUGUCUUCGAAAAGCAAAGUAUUGUUUUUUACUAUAUCAUCGACUGGUGCUCCCCGAGAUUGACUACUAUGAAGCUGGAGGACUUUAGAGUGUUUGGGGAAUGGUUCAGAGUAGAUAUCAAGUCAUUCAAGAUGAGUCUUCCGAACAUCAUUAAGAAGUGGAGCUGGAUGUUCAAGGAACAUCUUAUGACAUCACUGACAGUGCAGUGUGGAGGGACAAUGACCAAGUGGAGGGAGAUAAACAUGGACCAGAUAGGCGCAGAGCUCUGGAGGUUUGUCAAGGACAUCUGUGAACUGUACAAAGAGGCCCGUGUGAGGGACGUGUAUCGUGGGUUAGAUCUCUGUGUAGAACCUGUUGACGUCACUGCGGGCUGUCAGCGAGCUGCAGAACCAUGCCAUACGGCAACGCCACAGGGCUCAACUCAUCAUCACCACCAAGGGGGACUUCACCAUGACACCAUGACAGACAGCAUCACCCUUGGAAGACCUGAUGGCACUGCAGCUUCAUCUGUUUGAAGAGGAAGUUCGUAACAUAGUGGAUCAGGCAGUCAAGGAGAUGGCCAUUGAAGGUCUUGCGUUAGGAAUUCUCCAUCUAUUUACUGCACUGUGAUAUAGUAGGAGUUUUAUAACAGACACGAUUCAAAUGUUUUGUCACUGGCAAAUCUGGUGCAUUCCAUGAGGAGGAGAUGCAAUGCAGGACGUAAUGCAGCUGGUGGCCACACCAGAUACAGACUUACUUUUCCCCCUUUGUUCAGGGACACUAUUCAAUUUCUGUUAGUCACAUGUCUGUGGAACUUGUUCAGUUUAUGUCUCAGUUGUUGAAUCUUAUGUUCAUACCAAUAUUUCCACAUGUUAAGUUUCUGAGAAUAAACACAGUUGACAGUUUGAGGACGUUUCUUUUUCUGCUGAGUUCAUUACACCAUUAGAAAGAAAUACUUUUAAGUUUCACCCUUUUGUUAAUUGUUGCUCAAGUUUCUGAGAAUAAACACAGUUGACAGUU